AGGAGCGAGCUACGUCACGCAAGGAGGGCGGGUUUAUCUCGCGCCAGGCGCUCUAGUCUCUUGCGGCGCCUACGCUUGAUUCUUUCUCAGCGAGAGCGCGUGGACGGCGCGCGAGCUUAGCUCGGCAGGCGAGUGUGUGGUUGGUUGGGGAGGCGGCAGAAGAAAGGAAACCUCGCGCCCGCGCUCUUUCUGCUCUGUGGGGGUACCGGACGAGACGCACGCACGCAGAGCUAUGGCCGAUUAUCUGAUCAGCGGCGGCACCGGCUACGUGCCUGACGACGGACUCACGGCGCAGCAGAUGCUCAACUGUGGAGAUGGGCUCACCUACAAUGACUUCCUUAUACUCCCUGGCUAUAUAGAUUUUACUGCAGACCAGGUGGAUCUAACUUCUGCUCUGACCAAGAAGAUAACCUUGAAGACUCCCUUGGUAUCCUCCCCUAUGGACACUGUAACAGAGGCCAGCAUGGCCAUUGCAGUGGCGCUCACAGGUGGAAUUGGAUUCAUUCAUCAUAAUUGUACCCCAGAAUUCCAGGCCAACGAAGUACGGAAAGUUAAGAAAUACGAACAAGGAUUUAUCACAGACCCAGUAGUGCUGAGCCCCAAAGAUCGUGUCCGAGAUGUUUUUGAAGCAAAAGCCCGUCAUGGAUUCUGCGGCAUCCCUAUAACAGACAAUGGGAAGAUGGGCAGCCGACUCAUGGGGAUUAUCUCUUCCCGAGACAUUGACUUCUUGAAAGAGGAAGAGCACGACUUGCCUCUCAGUGAGAUCAUGACCAAGCGGGAAGACCUUGUUGUAGCACCCGCAGGAGUUACAUUAAAAGAAGCCAAUGAAAUCUUGCAGAGGAGUAAAAAAGGGAAAUUGCCAAUCGUUAAUGAAAAUGGGGAGUUGGUGGCCAUAAUUGCUCGCACAGAUCUGAAGAAGAACCGGGACUACCCACUCGCAUCCAAAGAUACCAAGAAGCAGCUGCUCUGUGGAGCUGCCAUUGGGACCCACGAAGAUGACAAAUACCGCCUUGACUUGCUGGUGCAGGCUGGUGUGGAUGUUGUUGUGCUGGAUUCUUCUCAGGGAAAUUCCAUUUUCCAAAUCAGCAUGAUCAGAUAUAUCAAGGAGAAAUACUCUGAGCUGCAGGUCAUUGGAGGAAACGUGGUGACGGCAGCUCAGGCAAAGAACUUGAUCGACGCUGGGGCUGAUGCCCUGAGAGUUGGCAUGGGCAGUGGCUCCAUUUGCAUCACGCAAGAAGCUGCUCCAAAGAUCCCUCCAGACCUAAAGUCCCACAGCCCCAAAUGCCCUUCCACAGUCACUGGCACCUAUAUCUUAGCAUGCGGAAGGCCUCAGGCCACAGCUGUCUACAAAGUGUCUGAGUAUGCCCGGAGGUUUGGUGUGCCGGUGAUUGCGGAUGGCGGUAUCCAGACUGUUGGACACAUUGCCAAGGCUCUCGCACUUGGUGCUUCCACAGUGAUGAUGGGCUCCCUUCUGGCUGCCACAACUGAAGCCCCUGGGGAGUAUUUCUUUUCUGAUGGGAUCAGGCUGAAAAAAUACCGGGGCAUGGGGUCGCUUGAUGCCAUGGACAAGAACCUGGGCAGCCAGAACAGAUACUUCAGUGAGACAGAUAAAAUUAAAGUGGCACAGGGGGUCUCCGGUGCUGUGCAAGACAAGGGCUCCAUCCACAAGUUUGUGCCAUACCUGAUUGCUGGCAUCCAGCACUCCUGCCAAGAUAUUGGUGCAAAGAGCCUAACGCAAGUAAGGGCCAUGAUGUAUUCUGGAGAGCUGAAAUUUGAAAAGAGGACAUCAUCUGCGCAAGUGGAAGGAGGGAUACAUGGCCUCCACUCAUAUGAAAAACGCCUUUUCUGAUGACGGUCCCUUGCAUCUUUCCAGAGCCUCGUUUUUGCCCUAUGGUCCCUGGCCUACGCUGCCAAGAUCAUGCACUGCUCCCUUCACAGAAGUGCCAUUUUGCUGGAGGGGUGGAGCGUAUUGCAGCAUCCACUGCAUUAUCAGCUGCUUUGACCAAGGGCUGAAGAUAACGCAUCAGCCUAUUCCAGAAGUAGCGUCAGCAGAAUGAGGCUCUUGAGAGGGGCCGUGUAUAUAUGUUUUUUACAAUAAAACAGAGGAGAGAGGGCCUCUUCAAACUUU